AUGGACAACGAUUCUUUUCAGUUACAAUCGCUCCUUUCUAAUGUGACAUUUUUGUCACUGUCAUUUGCUACAUUGCUAGCUCUGAUUGGAGUUGUAACAGGAUUGUAUCUCGGUAAAACUAGAGGCCAACAAUGGACUCUUGCUUGGCUUGUUUACAAUGCUCUAACUCAUUUUGUGUUGGAGGGGUCCUUUGUCGUCUUCUCUUUGAGAGGGACCGUCAUCAACACAGAUCAUUUCUUGGCAACAAUCUGGAAGGAGUACGCUAAAGCUGAUCGGCGCUGGGGUGUGUCUGAUCCCACUAUUGUAUCACUUGAGAUCCUUACUGUAGGACUGGCGGGACCUUUAGCCCUGCUUUUAUGUUAUGCCAUUGUGAAAGACCAACCAUACAAACAUUUUGUACAGAUCAUACUGUGUGUUUGUGAAUUGUAUGGAGGCUGGAUGACGUUUUGUCCAGAAUGGCUGCAGGAUAGUCCCAAUCUGCGUACAGACAACUUCCUGUACCUUUGGGUUUACCUCGUCUUUUUCAACAUGCUGUGGGUAGUUAUUCCCCUUGCAAUGCUUGUCCAGUCAUAUAGAGAACUCUUCUAUGCAGAGGUUCAGAAAACGGUCAUCACAGAGACCACAACAACCAAGCUCAUCACUCAUAAAUAUAACACACGGUCGAAGAAAAAAGAUUGAUGGUUCAA